AUGGACGAGAACUACCGCAGAAUCAUCCGCUCGACAAUCUCCUCGCACUUCAUGGAGACGGAUCGAGAGAGAAACUCAGAAGGACGGGUAUACAGGCCAGAUUUCAUCAGUGGUAAAGGCCGGGGACUGAUUGUUUUGCUUCAUGGUGCUCCAGGAGUGGGCAAAACAGCAACGGCAGAGGCUGUGGCGCUUGAGUAUCAGAAGCCUCUGUUCCCCAUCACCUGUGGCGAUUUGGGCAUCACGCCAGAGGGGCGCGAUCGAACUGACAUUGAGCGCAAUGCUAUGGUCUCUGUCUUUCUGAGGAUCUUGGAAUACUACAGCGGAAUUCUCUUCCUCACUACCAAUCGCAGUACACAUCAGCCUGUACUAUCCCAUCUCAGUCGCUUCGACACUCUUGCCAUUCUGAAAAGCAACCUGGCUAGUCUUUCCGACUGUUACAAGCCUCCGAAUGGGGAGCCUGCUAAAGCGGGCCACAUUCUGAUCGACCAGGAUGAGAGCGAGGAAUAUAUUCGCAACGCCGUUCAAAUCGCAAAGUGUCUGGCCAGCUUUGAAAGUCCAAAUGGGCCUGCAAAGUUGAAAGCUCACCACUUCAACACGGUCAACCUCACCAUGACCGAGUUUGAUCGGUAUCUGGAGGAUGCCCGGGGGGUGAGCGACCAGAAGUUCGCGCGGAGAGAGGGAGUUCGGAGUGACCUGCGUGUCAUGAUCGUCCUGGCGAAACUCCUCGUCAUCGGAGUUGGAGGGUUUCUGAUCGGUCUGCCUCGAUGCGACAGCCACCGCCAGCCUUCAAUACCAGACCUCAAGGUGCGCCAUCAAUCGAUCAGCAUGCAGCAGGACAAAGACCUGCAAGCCUCGCAUAUUCCGGUACAGGAUACCCUCCAAUGGUGGCAUCGCCAGGCUAUAGUGAUUUUCAACGAACCCAACAAGCCACUCACCAAUCAGCUUACGACCCAGCCUAUACCGUGGAUCGCAGAGAUGGCGCUCAGCUACACCCAUCCAAUACCUACGCUACUACCCAGUACGAGCCUUCACGAAUGGUCAACCCAGCAAGCAUGGAAAACACCCAGACUGGGCAGUAUAUGGCACCGCAAGAAGGAUAUAACAGCAACAGUCCACAAUCAGUCCCUCGGACUUUUGCAUUCACUGGCAAUCGUCCAUUCAUCUGGGAACAAGGCCAAACUAGACCCAUUGGGACACAGAACCUGCCGAUGA